AUGGACCUCACGCAGAGCGAGGCGUCCAGGUCCGACACCGCCACCUCCUCCGAGGCCUCCAGCGGGAGUGGCAGUCUGAGCCCCGCCGUUGCGGAGACGCUGAUGCGGCUCGCGCUGGCGGUGCGGGGGACGUUCACAACGAUGCGGGAGGAGCAGUCGCCGCACCACGGCUCCGUCUGCUCCAAGAGGCUGCAGGAUCGGAUACAGCGGGACUUUCCGGAGGAGUAUGACGCGAUCGUCAACGUCAUGUAUGGGCGCUCGUGGAAAAAGUAUUUGGCGGCACGGGCGGGCAUUCUCUGCUUUGAGGUGGCCCACAACGCGGCGCAGCCCAACACGGAAUGGCUCUUGGCGACAGGGGUGUUGCGGUGCUAUUUGCGCACGGAGAACAUCGAACGUGUGAAGGAAGCGGAUUCGAUGCUGGGAUGCCUCGUGCGUGAUAAGUGCCGGGGGGAUCUGGAGCGCAGCUGCCGCACCAUACUCAUGGAGGAGUUCGCCGCGCUGCACUUCAGCCACUGCGCUGUCGAGGAAGACUCUGAUGAAACAAGUGACGAGGCGGCCUAUGAAACGAGUGAUGAGGCGGCCUAUGAAACGAGUGAAGAAACGGCUGAGGAGGCGGCUGAGGAGACAAGCGAGGACAAGUUCCCCGUCGAGGACUACAGCCUUGGCAGCCUGGCGCUGUGGCAGCCGGUUUUGCGCAGACUGUGGAUGCACCCGGUGGAGGGCCGAAGGGUGCGUCUGCGCGAACUGCGGCGGUGCUGCCAGCAGCUUGGCUUUCACGUUCGGGUGCGGUGCCGCUGGACGGAGCUCCUCGGCAACAACCUCCUGCAGAGGUACAUCCGCACCUGCGUUCUCCGCGUGCUGCUCAACGUCGUGGCUCCCCCCCUAGAGCCCUCCACCGGCGGCAAUCUGGACGCUAUGGACGGCGCACUGGUGCUGAGCUUCGACGCGUCGCUUGGAGAGUACACCCUGAGGCUUGAGGGAACCCAGUUGUGGGGCAGAAUCCCGCCCGUGCCAGGGCACUUCCUGCGGCAAGAGUGA